AUGAAGACACAAAACAUCCUGGCUCUCAAUUCGAUCUUUCUGGCUGCUGUUGUUUGCUAUCCAGCUGUCCAGAAGGAGAAGACAGCGGGUGUCCACAAACUGCUCCUGAUCUCCUUUGAUGGCUUCCGAUGGAAUUACGAUGAGGAUGUAGAUACCCCACAACUGGAUUAUUUGGUUAAGGAAGGAGUGAAAGCAAAAUACAUCACACCUCCCUUUGUGACCAUGACUUCGCCUUCGCAUUUUACAAUUAUCACAGGUCGCUGGAUUGAAGAUCAUGGAGUCAUCCAUAAUAUGAUGUUCAACACGGAAACUCUACGGAAAUACGGCUAUAAAGAAACCCAGAAUAAGACUGAAUGGUGGGACAAUGGAGUUCUUCCCCUCUGGAUCACAGCUCAAAAUCAGGGGAAAAAAGCUGCCUCUUUUCACUAUCCAGGGGGCAACGCCAACUACAGUGGUCAGUCGGUCACAAGGAGCUUGGCCGAAUCCUCCAAUCACCCCGACAGCAACGAGACUGAGUGGCGAGAGAACAUCGACAUUGUCAUGAACUGGUUUGCUAAAGAAGAUUUCGAUUUUGUCACACUUUAUUACGGGGAACCUGACAAUACUGGACAUUACGUUGGCCCGGAGACUGAGGAGAGGAAAAAAAUAAUCCAACAAAUUGACCGAACCCUCGGCUACCUCCUCAGUGCAAUCGAAAAACACGGAUUGAAAGAUAUUCUCAACGUCAUAAUUACGUCUGACCACGGUAUGACCACCGUCAAAAAGGCCCCGCAGGUCAAAGAGAUCUUGUUGAACGAUUACAUUCAAUUCCAAGACGUCGCCAAGUUUGACAUUGUUGAUUACGGAGGGUUUGGGAUGAUACUACCCAAACCAGGGAAAGAAGAAAAAAUUUACCAGGACUUAAAAAAGGCCCCUCCUCAACUGCAUGUCUACAAAAAGGAAGAGUUUCCUGAACGUUUCCAUUAUGCCCGGCAUGAGCGUGUGUUACCGAUCCUGCUUUACGGCGAUUCUGGCUACGUGAUCAAUGGGUUUUUGAGUAGAGCAACAGUGACAUGUAGUGGCCACUACAGUAGCAAGUCCGGAGGGCUGCUCAAUUUG